GAUGUCAAAUGGCAGACACUACGAAGAAAUAUAAAAGGAUCCGCUCCGCUCUCAUGAAAAUCUCAGUUGCACUUGCAGCACCAUUGCCUAUAUAGAACUUGCAAAGUAAUAUAAACCUACCUCUCUCUCUCUCUCUCUCUCUCUAUGGAGCUCUUCAUGGCAAUCUGUCUGCUUCCCCUCACCUAUGUUAUCUUCCAACUUUUCAAGUUGGUCUUAGAGAGGAGAGACCAAUGCUGCUAUAUGUUAGCCUAUGAGUGCUAUAAGGCCCCAGAAGAUAGGAUGCUAAACACUGAACUCUGCGCAAAUAUCAUCCUACGCAACAAGAACCUAGGCCUGGAAGAGUACAAAUUCCUCUUACAAACCAUUGUCAAUUCCGGCAUCGGUGAAGAAACUUAUUCCCCAAGAAAUGUCAUAGAGGGGAGAGAAGAUAUCCCGACUCUGACCGACGCACUAUCCGAGAUGGAUGGCAUCUGCUACGAGACGCUCGACAAGCUCUUUGCUCGAACGGGGAUUUCUCCGUCCGAAAUCGACAUACUCGUGGUGAACGUGUCAUUACUCUCCACUGUGCCGUCUCUGACAGCCCGGAUCAUAAACCGGUACAAGAUGAAGGCAAAUGUGAAAGCCUUCAAUCUCUCCGGAAUGGGUUGCAGUGCAAGCCUUGUAGCCAUCGAUCUCGUCCAGCACUUGUUCAAGUGUCAAAAGAAUUCACUUGCCAUUGUUGUGAGCACGGAGUCCAUGGGUUCAAACUGGUACUGUGGGAAAGAAAGAUCCAUGAUGCUGUCCAACUGUCUGUUCCGGUCCGGUGGUUGUUCGAUGCUCUUCACGAACAACAGGUCUUUGAAACACCAGGCUAUUUUGAAGUUGAAGUGCAUGGUUCGUACACAUCUUGGCUCAAACGAUGAAGCCUAUGAAUGUUGCAUACAAGUAGAAGACGAUCUGGGUUACCGAGGUUUCCGACUCACCAAAGACCUCACAAAAGCAGCUGCUAUAGCUCUCACUCGGAACCUACGAGUGUUAGUACCUAAAGUGCUACCAAUUUGGGAACUACUUCGAUACACCAUCGUGUCUUAUCGUCGACGUAAAUCACAGCACACCAAGUUGGAAGGGGUUGGAUCGGGUUUGAAUCUCAAGACCGGCGUCGAACACUUUUGUUUACACCCCGGUGGAAAGGCCGUUAUUGAUGGGGUUGGCAAGAGUUUAGGCCUCAGUGAUUAUGAUCUUGAACCACCCAGAAUGGCACUUCAUCGAUGGGGUAACACAUCAGCCGGUGGACUCUGGUAUGUUCUGGGUUACAUGGAGGCUAAAAAGAGGCUCAAGAAGGGUGAUAGGAUUCUGAUGAUCAGCCUUGGUGCCGGAUUUAAAUGCAACAAUUGUGUGUGGGAAGUGAUGAGGGAUUUGAAGGAUGGCAAUGUUUGGAAAGACUGCAUAGACAGCUACCCAUCAAAAACCGCUGCCAACACUUUCAUGGAAAAGUAUGGGUGGAUCAAUGAUGAAAGUGCAAGCUUUAUCCGACUUGACUAAAGUUGUAUUUGGAUCUUAGAUUUGUGCAGGAUUUUGUUGAGAGAAGAGAAAAGGAAUCAUUUUCCUUUCUUUUCCUUUACCCAUAACAGAUCCCUCCACAAAUUCAAUAUUCAAAUACAACUUAAAACAUCAUGAUAUUCUUGGUUUCACUAUGGUGCUUCUUUAUCCCUUAUAGUUUUUAAUUUUCCUUUCUGUAUUGCAUUUUGUGUAUGAUUUUCAAAUUCCAGUGGGGUUCUAAUGCUGCCCUUGUUACUUGCUACAUGAAUUAUUGUAAGUGUGCACUACUUUUCAGAUCAAGUGUUUGAUUCAGCAAAAGAAAUUAGAAAUAAAAAAUAAACAAAAAGAUUGAUGUAUUUCAUAGAUUUUA